AUGUGCAAACAGCUGUGUCUGGAGCGAGAAUACCGAAGGCGAUGCAGAUGCUACGCGCUCUUCGCCCAGGAACACAACGACACCAAAAACGACCUGGGGGGAGUUGACAUCCGCUGUUCUCUCUUUAAUACCACUCAGAAGGUGUGCAUGAAGAAGAUCGCAGCAGACGACCUCGAUGGCGUCUUGGAGUGUGACUGCCCAUUACCAUGCCGAGAAACACAGUAUAGGUCACAGGUCACCUCAACGCGGGCGAACAUGCUGCACUAUGAACUGCUCCACAAGCUCAGGAAAAACGUUGCCAGCUUUUGCUCCGACAAAAUGGACACGGUUGUUCUUCAUGUCUAUCUUGACUCCAUUUCCUACGAGUUGAUCGACGAGAGUCCGACCUACACUUGGGAUACCUUGCUGUGUAAUCUGGGCGGAUCUCUCGGCCUUUUCGUGGGCGUGUCCAUGUUGAGUAUCCUGGAAGUGUUGGAGCUCCUUGUGGAUUUGUGUAUCUUGACCUUUUCACAAAAGAAGAGAGGACGGAAAGAUAAGAAGGAAUGGAACCAAGACGAAGGAGAGUUAGUCAGAGUGCAAACACAAGGGGAGAAGAACGUGAACUUUGCGUGGGUGUUAGAGGGAAGUGUCGGAAAGUGUUCUGCCAAAUGUGCGUCGCAGACCGAGUUGCAAGUUUUAAGAGAAGAGCUCCAGCAUUUAAAGAUGGCCUUUGCAACACACACUGAAGAAGUCAGAGCCAUCUCGGAGGCAAAGGCGGCUCGCGGGCGUCAUCCUCAGGAGAACCAGGAUCUACACGAGGCUUUUCACACUCUCUUCAUGAACCAGAAACCAUAAGGGAUUGGUGAACUUUGUGUCAUCGGGAUUCGAGGCACAUUGGCCGCAAUGAAAGAAUAUGGGCCUUUUUUUUCCUUCAUUUGGAGGUAAAUCACAUUAGCCGGUUCCUGAAAAGGUUAAUGACGAUGGCACUCUUUUAGU